UCAGGACAAACACCGCCACCAUCCAUCACCACCACUCACUAUCUGCCCCAGAACCCGACUGCGCCGAUUUCGAAGGAGUGACAUCGAUUACUGGAAUUAACAAAGGAAAGUGAACUUUCUCGCCGAUGGCGCCUGUAGGCUCCCAGCUGGCGGCCCUCGAGCAGGCAUCUGGCAACGAGAGGGCUCAAGGCUACGCCGAAGUGCUGCAGCAAAUCACCACAUCCGGCGACGAUAUCUCAGACAACUUGGUCGCAUAUGUUCAGAGUAUCACGUCCGAUGCUGUGGGCGUCAUCAACUCCCGGCCACUCCUUUCUGCGUUUGUCGAGCACUUUCGAGCACUGAGCAAUGAGAUCAAACUCGAAGCUGGUCCGCAAAUCGUUCAGAUACUCCAGCCGAAAGUGAUCUCGUUCGAGCAACAAGACACAGAAAUCAAGCUCAUCCUCGCAGACGCUUAUGAGGCCGACGAUGACUUCACCAACUCAGCCAAAACCCUACAGAAUAUCACACUCGAGUCUUCACAGCGCAGUGUCAGUGACGAUGACAAGGCCAAGAUCUGGAUGCGUAUUUGUCGCUGCUACCUCGAGGAAGAUGAUGCCACGAACGCCACCUCAUACCUCAACAAGAUCAAGCAGAUCUUCUACAACGUCACAGAUCAACCGACACGUCUGCAAUUCCAGCUUUCGCAAGCUCGUAUCUCUGACUCCCAGCGCAGCUUUCUCGACGCUUCCGUAGCGUAUUAUGCGCUAUCGAACGAAUCAGUCGUAGACGAGGAGGAGCGCUUGCAAGCUCUUUCGGCUGCAAUCACCUGUGCUGUGCUCGCGCCGGCCGGACCACAGCGUGGCAAGCAGCUCGCUAAGAUCUACAAAGACGAGCGAUCGUCAGAUGUACCAGAGUUCGGCAUCCUCGAGAAGAUUUUCCUGGACCGCUUGCUGUCCCCUGAUGAAGUCGCUGCUUUUGCGGCAAACCUGAAGGAGCACCAGCUCGCCAAGACCUCUGAUGGCAGCACAGUACUCGACAAAGCCGUGCUGGAGCACAAUCUGCUUGCAGUCUCUCGUAUCUAUGCCAACAUCACAUUUGAGAAUCUCGGCAAGGUCUUGGGCGUGGACGCCGACAGAGCUGAAGUGUAUGCUUCGGGCAUGAUCCAGAGCAAUCGUCUUUCGGGAUCGAUCGAUCAGAUCGCUGGAGUCAUCCACUUCAAUAGCAAGGAGCCUACGAACCCCAAGAUUGAUCUCCGGUUGUGGGACCAGAACGUUCAAGGUUUGGCAGAGUCAGUGGAGAAUCUCACGACUAUGCUUCAGAGGGAGGAGCCGGCGUGGUACGAUCGACAACUCGCAGCUUGAGACACUGCAUGCCACAAGAGCUUGAGCGAUCAAAGCAGAGCGUUCUCACCUCCACGCAGUGGGGGCGAGGCGGGAGGACAGUGGCGUACUUCGAAGUCAGAGUGUGCUCCACUUCACGGACCUACCGCAAGAGGCUGUCGGUCACAAAUGGAGGAGCGGGUUAUGCUGCGACGCAUGAAGCUUGAUGAAACUCGAGUGCAGUGUCUCAAGACUUCUGACUAUCACCAUGGCUUGUCGUCAUGAUUUGCAGCCAUAGAGGUCGCCAGUGAAAGAUUGAGAAUGCAGAUGGUCAUGAGCAUAUCUAGUUGUUGCCCAAAUUAUUGGGUUCAUGGCACUGGUAGUUUGCUUCACGACACGUUAUGAUCUAUCGUCACUCUUCCACAACCACACCGAUCCAUUU